AGUGAGCUUGGCAAGUAACAAGUUUGUAUAGCUAUAAAAGACAAUGGAAUCGAAUUUCUCCGUGACUCUCUCCACCAACGCCAGCUACAAACCUGUGGAGGUGUUUACACAGAGAGUGUUCAAGGGAAGCACAGAGCACCUCGUCAAGUGGUGUCUCUCAGAGGACAAAAGACUCACCAACACGGCCAAUUCUCUCAAGACAUCUCGAGAUGGACUCUGUCAAGAGUAUACGGUGUGGAUGAGGGAGGAGGAGAUGAGUGCGUGCUGUCCACAGCUGCUCUCGAUGGAGAUAGUGAGGCCAUCUCCGGGAGAGACCAAGCUCACAGAAGAGCCCUCCCACGAGGAAGAGCCCCUCACUGAAAUGAAGGAUGACAUAAACAACCUCAUCUCUCGGGCUAAGAGACUGUCCACCCUCCCCUCUAGCGGCAAGAUGCUCUCAAACACACUCAACAUCCUUAGUGCCUAUGCCAACAUCGGAGCAUUAGCCAACACUUUUCGAGAGAGCGGAGCCCUCGAUCUUCUUCUCACUCUUUUGGCCACCAAAGAUAGUACUGCCCAUAAGAGUGCUGGAAACAUGCUACGCUCUUUGACGACCUUUGACCUCUCUAGUCGAGCAUACGUACUACUGCACCUGUCUAAGAUUGACUCCUCCCAGUUAACGUCUGUACAGGGACGUCAGAUGCUUCUCGAUCUGUUCUCUGAGACUGCCUCCUCUGGAGAAAGUGAAGCCCUACUGAGGGGAAUUACCCUACCACAGGUCCCUGGUCGCUACGUCUUCUCACUGCUCAAGAAAUACCUGAGAGUCAACUCGAUGACUGCCAACUCACAAAGUAGAGACUUUGACCCUAGUACUUCCAACUCCAAGCCCUCUGAGUUUGAGAAGUUCUUUGCUCUGGAUCAGCUCGUGAGUGAACUGUUCACGUUCUUUGGCUGGUUCGAAGGCUCCAUUGAUCGAGAAGGAAAUGAGCCAGUCAAGACUAUGAAGGGCGUCUCCAUCUUUGCCGGCACUCUACCAGUAGAGGAGAAGCCUGCCAAAGAGAAGAAGAACCCUUACAAAUCACGAGACCACUUCCUCUCUGAUCGAGAGUACGGUCGUUACGUGAAGACCGUCCUGCAACCCGGCAUGAAGGUUCGGGCCAGAGAGACCUACGAGUCCGUCUCCAUGGGCGACUUUGGGGUAUAUCUACAAACAAACGAUGGCACACCCCCUGCCCAGGUCACGUGGGAGGGGCUAGGGGACGCCUACUGGGUGUACUGGCAUCAGGUGGACUUACUGCCCUCGGAGGACGAGAAGAAACCAGCUGACUCCAGUGAACCCGGGGCACCCUCCUCUUCGAAAGCAGACAAAUCUCGGCCGUACGUGAUGAGAACACUGGCUCCCCCCAGUGGGUGGAGUCAACAGGGGCCACAAAGGUCAACUGAGAAGGUAGAGCGUCCUUUUUGGUGGGAGGUGCUCUGUCUGUUGAAGUUCCACGCUGUUGAGCUGGUGGGAGAAGUGAUGGUGACACUGGGGGACAAGAACCUCAAGAGAUUUGAAGAUCUGAUCAACUACUCUCCAGACUAUGGUCAAGUUGCCAAGGUUUUAGAACUACUGGAGUCCACUCACCCGCACCUCUCACAUGAGCCCCUCACAAUCAGAGAGAAAACUCAGUUUCGUGAAAUCUACACGAACGAGACCGACAAGAUACCAGCAGCCACCGGAGAAAUUAAUCUCGACGAAGAGUUAGAAGGAAACUUCCGAAAAGAAGCACCUUUUCCAGAUCCCUAUCACGAAGAAGAACACGGUCAUGUCCCGGCAUAUAUUGAACUAGAAAAUCAUCCGUUGGGUGGUUUGAUGACUCUUCGUGGUCGAAGGGAAUUCCCCGACGCUAUAAUGCAGCUGCGAUUUCUUGAGCACUCACAGGACGGAACGAUGAAGAAACUGCUCUCUACGAAAGUGACAAUCGAGAAGGUUUUGGCAAAGGCUCCUAAAAAUUGCCAAAUUGCUCUGCAAAGUAUAAAGGUCGUCAAGAGUGCGUGUGACAUGUUACAAAGUGACGGCGAAAGACAGGAAAUGUGUGUGAAUGGUAUUCUCUCGUUUGUCCUCAAACUGAUGCUAAUCUCACCAAGAUCAUUCUCACUUCAAAUGACUGGUAUCGAGUGUAUCUUCAAGCUCGUUGGUGGUUAUGGCGUUGCCCUAGAGUACGUACACCUGGAUAAAUCCCUGAAAGAGGCUGUCCCGCAGAUUGUCUCGUCUGGCACCCGGAGUGUGAUAGUCACGAUGCUUGUCAGUCUAUCGGCCGUGUCUGAUGAGCCCGGCCUCAAGGCAUUUGUGACAGGGAUGAAAUGCGUUGUGGACUACUUCCACACACACAUGCCCCGGACUCAGUUAAGGACGUCCCUAUCCACUGUGUGUGGAGGGUUAAUCACUCUCACGCUGGUCCUAGGAGAAAAGGACGUGGUUGCACGGUUCCAAGAGUGGGGCGUGCCAGAGCUGCUCAAGGCAGUGUUUACUGAUCUCCCGUCAUUUCCCGGGAAAAGGGACCUUGUGGCUAAGAUCAGCAGCUCCCUACCAGGCUCAGAGAUUAGGUCACUAUUGGAGAGCAGCAAAGACCAGGACGAUGAGGUCACUACGACAACCAGGGAGGUCAUCUCGGUGGUCAAGACACUACGUCACGUGGGGGACAUUAAGGGGAAAAACCCUCUCGUUAAGUUGAUUUGCCUCUUCAACAGCAACACCCCGUUCUGUAAGGCCAAGUACUUUGACCUCACUCCUGUGUUUGUGUCGCUGUUCCUUCGUCACCAUGGAGUCUACUACCUCUGUCAAGCACUCGAAGUCAACACUAAUGACCAGUUUGUCGAGCAUGCCCUCUCGAUUAUCUGCUCCCUGAUGGAGUUCAGUGAGGAUGCAGCUGCUGAGGUGGUGCUGCAGGGUGGCCUCAGGGCAAUCGUCAACAUCCUCUCCAGCUACUCCUCUGACAGACAGAAACACACUGUGUGCCUGAGGGCGCUGGAGAGGCUGUCCAAGGACCCUGACCACCUGGCUGUCAUGGCAGCAGAGAAUAUUAUCACUCCCCUCAAGAACGCAAAGCUCUUGUUCCAGGACGAUACUGUGGGAGAGACGAUAUCACGGUUGACUGACUUAUGCGAGAGUGAGGAAUCAUCACGAGCUGCUCUCCAUCAGAAGAUCUUACGGAUCAUAUUCUCAGGAGUCCUGCAGCUGUUCCUGGCCGCUAUCGAGGACGCCAGACGAGAGGCAGAGCCUGUCAACCUCCCCCGGUUCUCGGCAUUUAUCAAAUAUCUCUCAGCUGGAUCAGGUGGUGCGGUGAGUGCCCUCCAAGAACAGUGGUGGGAGGCACUGGAGGUGAGUAGCAACUCCCAACACAAGGAGAAUCUAGUGGACGAUAACCCAAGCACCUCCUGGGAGAGUACUGGUCGGUCAGGGACGCACUGGAUACGCUUCCACAUGAAGCAGGGGCUCAUCAUCAAGAAGAUGUACAUGGGGGUGACUUCUGAGUCCCCUAACUUCAUGCCUCAGAGGGUGUCAGUUCACGGCGGGCCCACGGCCGACAAUGCCCAGGAGAUCAGCAACGUUUACAUUCCUGCCACCUUCAAUGGUAGCUACGAGAUAGUGACCAAUGCCAAGAAGUUCUACGCUGUGGUUAUCGUUCGUAUCAAGAGGUGCCAGUUGGGCGGAGUCGACUGUCGUAUCCAUGGCAUCAAGUGUCAGGCCACCACCACCUCUCUAUGGCCACUGUUUGGAGACAUCUUCUCAGCUCGCAGCAAGCUCUUCUAUCAGAUACAACUGCAGACAUGGCUGCGCUCCAACCUUGGUCCUCUGGAGCUGUUCGAUAAACUGAGCGCUGUCAUCCUGUACGAGCAGAUGUUUGGAGAUAGCUUCCUUCACACCGCUCAGUCGCGUCAGUGUAUAGGUCAGGCCUGCCGCAGUGCACUGGUCACUCCUCUCAUAGAGACCCUCACUAAACCAAACUCUGGUGGGCCUGAUCUAGGUGAAUUGAUCCACGACUACAUGGCCCAGAUGCAGGCCCCACUGGCCUCUCAAUGGAGGGCACUGGCCGCCAGUUUGUAUGGGGGGCGGUCUCUGGAUAAGGGCAGGGUCUCGGACAUGGACAUCCUCUCCCAGGACUCAUCAGUCGACCCUCUCAAGUUACAAAAGGCUCAGAAGAGACUAGUGAAAAUGUCUCAGAUUCGGCGUAUCUGUCGUCUACUAGUGGAAUGGGACGAUACCUCCUCCAAGAAACCACCUCCCCCCCCGGUAGAAGAGGAUGACCCUCCGCCCAAACCCCAGCGUGGAUUCUAUAUGGGAGGAGCCAGGUAUGGUAUUGAUGAGAUUGCUGAGGCAGCAGAUAAGGCUCGUGAGGAAAGGGAGGAAGAGGAACGGAGGGUAGUCAUCGGAUCAGGCACCAUCGCCCUCGCCAAGUGCUGGGGGAGCAUUGUUGAAAGACAGGUGUCACUGGUUCUGAAAAUGUUCAGUCUGGAGUCUCCUUAUCAAGUGGCUGCCGAGCUACUGAAUGUGUAUGAUCAACUCAAGCAGGCCAUGUUGGAGCUGUUCGGAGGCCACUCUCAGUUUGUUCUCUCUCUGAAGGAGGGCUUUUCCCGGGCCUUCCAGGGGCUAGAUGAGGUCACAGGGGUCAGGCUUUGUGAGCUGCUUUGUCUGUGUGUGGACUCACUGCUGGACGUGGCCGGUAAGGACUCGGCCAGACUACACCACAUGGGGGAGAGUCAAAGAGAAAAGAUGCUGCUCCAUUUUGCCGAGCCCAUCCAGUUCCUGCACGGCCUAGACCUAGCUCACAUCUUUGAGCACUACUACAUACAGCAGCUGUCUUCCCGUGUCAUCCGGGGGCGUUCUAUCUCCAUCCUUCUUGAGAAGAGACUGGCUGCCACAUUUGCUCACUGCUUCCCUCGUAAGAGCCCUCUGGCCAUGUUGGAGGACCUGGACUCGAGCCAGACUCUCAUGGACAGGUUCUGUGACAGUGAGCUGUUGGAGAGCCUCGACCAACUCAUGUUACAAGCCAGCCAGCACACUGCUUUGCCCCCGGAGAUCAUCCAGCUCUCUCAGAAGUGCUCCCUGUAUCGAGAGAGGGUGUUCCAAGUGUACACUCUCAACCCAUGCUUCUGGCCUGUGAGACCACGCCCACUUCCUAUCUCCCAUCUCCCGUCCACUCUUGCUCAGUUUUGUGAGGACUUCACAAAAUUCUUCUCUUCAGUCCACGAGUGUGGUCUCCAGCAUCAUGAGAGGCCUCGACGACUCCAGUUCACACUCCAAGGUUGGGCAGUGGUGGUGUACGGAGGGAUCAAACUGGUCCUGUCCACCGUGCAGAUGUGUGUUCUCAUGCAGUUCAUAGCCAGUAACACCCACACUGUGCCCUCCCUGCAAGAAGCCACCCAGCUCCCCUACCCUGAUAUCUGUGAGGCUCUACUCAGUCUCACCUCAGAGCGACAGGCUGUCCUAAUCAUCACCACCGCCAGCACUAACCAAGCCGAAACCACACCCACUGUCACACCCAGCGCUGACGAUGAGUUGCUGUCGGCGAUACAGAGCACUCCGUUCAAAGUGAGCACUGUGUUCAAGGUCAACGAAGGGUUCAGCAAGGAUGUCCACAACAAGCACAAGUCCAACAGAGUGCGUAUAUAUGAUGUGCGUCUGGUAACUCGUGGUCAAUGCCCCACCCCCUCUCGUACGGAUCGUGCCGUCGACCUGGCUCACGUGUUUGAGCGGCGGAGGGCGGUCAUGGACUCGGCCAUCGUGAGGAUCCUCAAGAAGGAGAAGCAGAUGAGUGUCGACAACAUUGCUCACAAGGUGAUCAAAGGGUGCUCUGCUGGCAGAUUCGAUCGAGGGGCAUCAUUUGGGAGGUUCGACUCUGACUAUCGUGACAUCUGCUCGCGAGUGGAUCACCUGAUUGUUAGUGGGUACAUUAAACGAGACAUGGCCAAUCGCCAGAUGCUAGUCUAUCUCCCAGACCCCAGUACUGCACAAGAUGAGGCCAAGUCACAAAAACCUGAGGACGUACCGACAGACAAACUCAAAGAUACGAAAUCAACAAGGGUGACUGUUGAGCCAAGCGUAUCCACGACAAAAGCUGCAGCUGUUCCAACCAGCACUACCUCUAAACCGUCCAAGAAAAGGACUGGUAGUGGAAGGCAGCCGCAGAGCAAGGCAAAGAGAAAGCAAAUCUCUCACACUCGACUCUAUGCUAAUGAGUUCUACGAGCAGCACGAAGCACCGUUGCUGGGCAUGCUCCCGACGUUGCGGUCACUGAAACCUGCCGAGGUGCAGUCUAAGAUCAACUCAUUGCUGAACAGUCUUUCUCAGGUCUUGAAACUGAGUGUUGAGAAGCUGGAGCAUCUCUUGCAUGAUUUCCAGUGGAACACGGACAAACUGAUGCAGCAAUAUCUCAACGACUCGACGGCCAUCUUGGAAGGGGCGGGGUUAUCUGGCCAUGCCCUCGGCUCUCCUCCCCCUCGGCGAAAGAUGAUCAUAUGUCCCGUGUGUACACUGAGUGUGAGCUCACAUGACCUUAUCUGGCUGUGGUGUAACCACGGCUGUUGUCAGACAUGCUGGCAGAACCACCUGCUGACUCAGAUUGAUCUGAACAGAGCCCUUCGCUGUUCGUGCCCGGUGUUUGACUGUCCUGCCAGACCCACCAGGAGCUUCUUUGUCAAGGUGUUUGGGGAAGACACUGAUCCAAUGAACAAGUUUGGCAAAACGGUGGUCCAGUCGUACGUGGAGCGUAGCAGCUGGUUGACGUGGUGUCGUAACCCUCAGGGCUGCACUCAGGUCCUAUGCAGGGGGGACGGUAUGGACACGGGAGCGUGUCAUGUCUGCAAGUGGACCUCGUGCUUCUCAUGUACCUUCAUUGAGUCCCACCAGCCUGCUACGUGUGAGAACAUACAAAAAUGGGUGGAGAUUGGUGGUUUCUACGUGGGCAUGGACGAGGACUCUAAGUCCAAACAGUUGGCCAAUAUCAUCGCCAAAAUGUGCCCCAGCUGCUCAGCUCACAUUGAGAAGAACGAGGGCUGUCUGCACAUGAAGUGCAAGUGUGGACACGACUUCUGCUGGAAAUGUAUGAAGCCUUGGAAAGCUACCCACACAGACUACUUCAACUGCUCUGCCAAGUUGAGUAAGUCAGCCAAGGACCACAAGAAGUUUCAGGACUUCAACGACCUUUGUACCUCGCAUCAUCGCUCCAAGUGCUUUGCGGAGAAGCUGUGUGUGAUAGUGAAGGGGAUGAGUGCCAGUGUCCCCAUCAAGACCCUCAGCUUCAUCAGUGACGCCUGUGAACUACUCGUACAGUGUCACAAGAUGUUGCUGUACACGUGUGUGGCUGAGUUCUUCAGUAAGAUGGACACGUCUGGCUACCUGGGCUUCCUCUCUGAGAGCCUCGAGGGAGAUACCAACGUCCUCCAAGCCUUUCUCGAGAAUACUCUUCUAUCGACCAUCACUGACGUGGCUAGGACGCUCAACACACUCUCAGAGAGAAGGCUUCAAGAUGGCUACCGACUAGUCAGCAAAAUCGAGAACACUAGGGACAAGCUGUUGGUUGGAGCACAGCAGCAAUUCAAGCUGGGAGAGAUCACAGAGCUGGGCAUUAGCGAUGAGGAGGAGGAAGAGGAGAGUAUCGUGCACGGAGACGAGAGGUCCAGCUAUCUGUACGAUGACAGUUACGAUGAUGAAGAUGAUUUCGAUGAUGAUGAUGACAUGUACGACUAUAGUGACUACGAAGAUUCUUAUCAUGAUGCAUUCGAAACCUGGGACCAUGGAAUUGACUAUGACGACAUGUUUCCAUUUUCCAGAUAUUAAUUAGGACAUUUCUAAAACUUUUUUCUUGCUCAUGCAUUGUAUUUUGGAACACUUGAUUUUGUGAUUGUUGUCUAAUUGUGGAUUUAAACAAA